AGGAGACUGUAUACAGACGUCGCUACUCUGCAUUGUGGAAUGAUGUUUCUACUACUAAACUGUUAUCAAUGGUUGAGCAGUAUCCAUGCUUUUAUAACAAAUACAACAUCGAUUAUCGCAGUAAGGAAAAGCGCGGAGAGGCGUUGCAGCAAAUGGCAACUGAAUUGCAAAAGAUGAUUGACGUAUCCACCAUACAAAUAUCAAAGCGUAUUUCGCAAUUACGUUUCGACUAUUCCAAGCAAAAACAGGAACGUCUGCUCUGCGAGCAAAAUAAUAAAGUAUUUGUACCCAGCUACACCUACUAUGAUCAAAUGCUUUUUAUGGAUGCUGAUAUCGCGCCAUUCAAAUGUGAUUUUUGUCCAGUAAUAGUGCAAUCGCCACGAGAAUUAGAAGUUCACCUUAGCACUCAUCAGCCUGAAGGUAGUUAUGCAUGUAACGUUUGUCCUGUUAGCUUUUCAGAUGUCGAUCAGCUAAAUCAACACAAACAAAUACAUGCACCGACACAUAAAGAAGUCAAAUAUUGGUGUGAUUUAUGCACGGCCAGUUUUCGUACCAAAGAAGUGUACGAUGAACAUAUGCGAAGGCAUAAUGAUGAAUUAUUACUGCCUUCAUUGGCUAACAUUCCGCCUUUGGGUAGUGAAGACGGUAAUUCUCUGAUGAAAAUGGAAAAUAAUGACUAUGAUGGAUGCUAUUCAUGUGACAUCUGUGGGAAAUCAUUUGCGAAUAUGGUUUAUCUCAAUUCUCAUCGUGCACAACACACAAACGCCAGCGAUCGUUCAUACCGUUGUGAUUACCCACAUUGUGGGCGUUUAUUUACUGCGCGUCACUCUAUGAUGGAACAUGCCCGGCAGCACUACAGCGAUGAAGAGUUUAAAUGCGAAAUUUGCGGCAAAUCAUUUAAAUCGCUUAAAAAUCUACAAAAUCACAAACAAAUACAUGACGCUAUCAAACGUUAUGUUUGUAAAAUAUGUGGUUCGGCGUUUGCGCAAGCGGCAGGUCUGUAUUUGCAUAAGCGACGACAUAAUCGGCCCAACUCUCGUGUACGUCAAAGUUACUGAUCCACAUACAUAAACCUGUAAAGGUUUU